AUGCCUUCGAAUCUACCAUCGAGCUUUGCCUCGGCCGCCGCCGGCCAAAACUCCAGCCGUGACGCGAGAACCGGUCGCCCCGACGGUCGCGGAGCCGGCAGUGGGGAAUGGGCUCGACGUGACGGCAGAGCUAACGGCACCCUGACCUUCCGACGAUCCUCAGUGACACCCGGCCACCCGUCCCAAUCCGCAGCAUCGUCCGAAAACGCCUUCCUCGCCACCUCCCUCGAAUCUGCUGCACCUCCCCAGACGCCGGGAGCCGCGACGUACGAUUACUCAGCUCCUUCACAGUACCAGAAGGAGUCAAUUCUUGGUGUUUUCAAGCAAGGGGCGGCGGAAACAGACACUGUCAACGUGUUUGAAUCGGGAUGGACUCCGGGGCAGACAAACGGUGGCGCUGCGCGGGGCUGGGGCAAGACCAACAAUAACCACAACUCUCAAGAUCCCGCCGCCUGUUGGAACCCACGGGGGGAUGGCCAUCCCGUCGGCGUCAAUGGCUUGUCUGAAGAGGAGAAGGAGGCAUUCGCAGCUGAUGUCAACUCUCCUCUGAAGGCGCCCAUUCAAAAACAGGAGGGAAACCUAGGUCCUGGAACGAAUGGAAGGAAGCCCUCUCUGUCGCAUGGUAAUGCUGCCGGAUACGGAUUGGCAUCGCCGUCGUCCGCCUCCAGACCCGGAACCCGACGCCGAGAGACGACCGACUCCAACCCUUUCGGCACCGGUGCGCUUGCGUCUCCGAGCGCGGCGCGCUUUGCCCGCGGCGACGACGCUUUCUUGUUCGGUCGCAAGAACAACGACGUCAAGGAGCAGGACCCUGGCGAGGACGAAGGCGCUGGACAGCCGCAGAACCAGGCACAGCCCAAGCCGCCCUACGGAAACCUGACGCGUAGCAACACGACUGGUAACCCUAGUAUGGGUGCCAAUAUCAGUUCACUUUGGGGGGCCUCUUCUCAAACCUCUGUACCUGGCGGUAGUGGCGGUGGUGGCAGUAGCAGUAGUGGUGGUAUGGGUAGUUUCGGACAGUUCGCUCUGCCAACUCCUACUUCGACCAUCGGUACAGGCAGCCGUGGCGGAAGCCGCUUCGCCAACCUCAUGAACAAAGAUGGCUCCGACAACACCUCCGGCAAGACGAACGAGGCCCCCACCCCCGACGCGACCCGAUCAUGGCGUUCUCGACCCCGCACUGACACCGAUCCCUUUGGAGGCGACGACAACCUCUCCGGCAGCGCCGCACUCGGCGGUGCUCAAGAUACCAGUCCUCCCCCGAUCCCGAACCCCAGCAAUAUCGGCAUGUUCGAGACACCUGUCAAAGGCUCCACUGGCGACUUCGGCAUGUCUGGGCUGAACCUCGGACACCAAGCCGAGAACGAGCCAGGCCCUGCGAGCCCGUCCGAGACGAACCCCUACCGCAGCCCUCCGGCCGACCGUGGCGAAUCUCAUGAUGAAGGUGGCGCCGAGAAGCCCCAUGGAGCGGCCAUUGGCGGCGAGCAGAACCCCGGAUUCAACACCAUGUCGUCGCGUGGCUUCCCUACCCAUGCUUUUGACGGCAGCGAUCGUAGUCAGACUAGCAGCGCUGGCCCCCGUGGUUAUGCCUCUGGCUGGCCUGUUCCCAUGUCUACUGGCACCCCUGAUCGCGAGCGCGCUGGCUUUGGCGGAGUUUUUGGAAAUUCCCUCUUCAGUCCCAUGGGCACUGAGCUUCAGUCGCCGGGCUUGUCCAGCAUCGGCGCUGGUGUCUUUGGUCCUGCUAGUGCUGGUGGUCUUGGUGGGGCCGGAACCAUUGGCCGCAGCAAGCUGGGUUCCCUGUUUCCUCCGGCGAUGCAGGCUCAGAUGCAGGGCCACGAGCAGGAGAACUUGAGCGACUCGCUGCCUGAUCUUCGUCAGGGCAACCCUCUAGGUGCCAUUGGUCGGAACAACUUCAAUGCAGUGCCACGAGACGCUGGCAGUCCGCUUCGAGCUGGCAGAGGCGGCGUGUUCGAAGAGAUGUUCCCCUCCGACCCUACCCGUUCCCACAGCGUUUUCGGCGGUUCCGAUCCCUCCCACCCCGGAGCUCCCGGUGUCGGUCACCCCCAGGUAUUCACCCCCGGGGCUUCGACCGGCACCGAAUUUGGUUCUGCCCCGGUUCGUCAGAUGGUCAUGCCCGACCGUAUGCGCUGGGUCUACCUUGAUCCUCAGGGUCAUGUCCAAGGCCCCUUCAGUGGUCUCGAGAUGAACGACUGGUACAAGGCCAACUUCUUCACACCCGACCUCCGCGUCAAAAAGGUGGAGGACUCCGAUUUCGAACCCCUGGGUCAGCUUAUUCGAAGAAUCGGCAACUCGCGCGAGCCCUUCCUUGUCCCUCAAAUUGGCAUUGCUCACGGCCCUCCAUCCCAGGCCGGCCCCUUCUCGCCGAGCGGCAACACUGGUGUUAUCCCUCCCCUCAGCGGGGUGUUCCCGAGCUUCGGGAGAACACUGACCGCCGAGGAACAGAAUAAUCUGGAGCGUAGGAAGCAGGAAGAACAGCAGGCGAUGGCCCAACAGCGCGACUUCAUGAUGAGGCAGCAGGCGAUCACUAGACUGCAAAGUCAAGGCCCAGGUGGUGUCCCAGGUUCCUUGCACCACCAGCACAGUGCUCACAGCCUGCAGAGCCAACCUAGCUUCGGUAGCAUUUCGUCGCCAAUCGGUGCUCAUCCCCAGCAGCCGCCUAUCGGAGGUGGCGUUGGCCCCACGUCCAGUUUCUUCGAUGCGGCCGCCCAGCAAGCCUCAGCCCAGCCACCUGUUGGUGCUGGACUCGAUCAUUUUCGUGAAGAAGACCUUGCGACGCUGAACCCGAGCGAACGCCAAAUGCUUGCCAGUGUACAGGCCCCGAACAGCAUCGCUAGCAUCUUUAACCAGCAGCCCGUCGGUGCUCCUGCCAACGACAACAAUCUCCGCAACAACCUUCCGGGAACCAAGCAGUUGGAUAAGGACGAGGAAGGAUUUCGUGAGCGCUUGAAGGAGUUUGAGGAUAUCCGUGCCGAGCGUGACUCGGAGCAGACCCAAGAGUCUGGUAACAAGACCAACCAAGAUGACGGCAGCCAGGAGGCCCCUGCCGCCACUGGUUCGGAGACAAGCUCCAUGGAGAAUCACAAGCCAUCGGCCCCGGGGAUGAAGGAGAUCAUGGAACAGCAGGAGCAGCUUUCUCUCACUCAGAGAGUUCAGCAGGCACAGGCUGCUGCCGAGGCCGCCAAGAACGCGGCUGCUGGCUUUCCCAUGCCGUUCCCCCCCCCUGCCCCCACGACUGGCACUCCACUUCCCGCCCCCACCGCUCAGCGUGUCCGGUCCAAUCUACCCGAACAGUACAACCGAUCCCAGACUGGAACCCCCGACACCGGGUCAGCCACCGAGCCCCCACCUUUGGCUCCAUGGGCCAAGGAAGCUGCCAGCCGCAAGGGCCCCAGCCUCAAGGAGAUCCAGGAGGCCGAAGCUCGCAAGGCCGCCAAGGCCGAGGAGGCUGCUGCCGAGCGCCGCCGCGUGGCUUUGGAGCAAGAGGCCGCUGCCCUCAGAGAGCGCGAGAAGGCCAUCGCUUCCGCCACAGGGCUUCCUACGACUAGCACCUGGGGCAACGGCUCCCCCGUUGCAGCCGCCAGCCCCUGGACGAAGCCCGCGUCUGUCAAGCCCACCCCGGGCGCCAGCACUCCCGGAAAACAAAAGACUCUCGCUGACAUCCAGCGUGAGGAGGAGAACAGGAAGGCCAAGGCGGCGAAGGAGGUUGCCGUCCAAACGGGAUUGGCCACUGCGGCGGCCGGCAAGCGUUAUGCCGACCUUGCUACCAAGCCCAACAAUGCUCCCGGUCUUGGACAGACCAACUCACCUGCCCCUCCCCCAGGUAGCGGUUGGGCCAUGGUCGGAGCUGGCGGUAAAGUCAAGGUGCCUACGGGACCUGCGUCCCAGACGCGAUCAGCUAGCGCUGCCGGCAUGAAGGCUACCCCGGUCGCGACGAAGCCGGCUGUCAAGCCCCCCCCGGCUGCUGCCCCUGCUGGGCCUGCCAAGAGCGAUGUUGCCAUGGAUGAGUUCAACAAGUGGCUCCACCGCGAGCUAUCCCGUGGAAUUACUGGUGUCGACAUUGAUACCUUCGCUGCUACCCUCCAAAUCCUCCCUCUCGACAACACCAUCAUUGCCGAUGCAGUGUAUGCCAAUUCCAAGACCAUGCACGGUCUCCACUUUGCCGAAGAGUUCAUCCGGCGCAAGAGGUUGGCCGAGAAGGGUGUGGUCGAGAAGCAAGGCGCCGUCACAGAUAACAAGUCUGGCAGCUGGAACGAGGUAGCCAAGAAGGGCGGCCACAAGGAGCAGUCUCCCGCCAGCGCGGCCGCCGGGGACGCUAGUAUCCAAGGCGCCGGUUUCAAGGUUGUCCCGACGCGCAAGAAGGCGGGCAAGAAGGGCAACUGA